AUGCCACCUCAACUACCAGCGGAUUGUCUCAAAGAAAUAUUUGAAUUAUUGAAUGAUGAUAUCCGAUCCUUACAUUCAUCCAUAAAUGUGAGUAAAUUAUGGUGCAAGAUUGGUAUCCAGAUAUUAUGGAGACAUCCAUGGAAAUUUACAGGCACACUGAAUUCUAAAUUCUUUUGGCCUGCUAUCGUAAAAACUUUACUAUCCUGCAUGAAAGGCGAAUCAUUAAUGAUCUUAAAACAAAUGGGCAUUGAUAUUUCUAUAUCAAAUAAUAAGUCACCAAUGUUUAAUUACGCUGGAUAUUGUAAGUAUUUGUCACCCUGGGAAAUCAAUAGAAUGGUAAUGGUGAUACAAGGACGUGGUUGGUGGUUUGAGAGCAAUGAUAUGAGUCCCGUAGAACUUAUAAUAGAACAAGAACUUUACAAACUAUUUAUGUCUCGAUGCUCAACGUUGAAACAUCUCAUAAUUCCAAAAGCUCGAAUCUUGACUUAUCCUGGUGCUACUAUGUGCCUCUCUCAACUUUCCGUCUUGGAAUGCAGCACGAGCAUUCCAUCAACUUUUUUUAAAGAAAUGGCACAGUAUUGCCAUAACCUUCAAAAGUUAAUUGUUGAGCCUUGUGAUGAAGACGUUGAGGGAUUGGCGAUGCUCAUCACUAAACAGACCGGUUUAAGAGAAGUUGAAUUGGUUCCUACAAAACCGAUACAAAUCAAAACUGUGGAAUGUCAUCAAAUUGGAAAAGCCUUGGUAACGCAAGCAGCUUCUCUGAAAUCGUUAUACAUACAAAAUUAUCUUUGUUUUGCACCAGAAUUACUUGCAUCUUUCAUAAACCUAGUAACUCUAAGAGUUAAUAUUUGUGUAAGAUUUCACGAAGGAUUAUCAUCUUCAAUGUCGUUUCCACAACUAGAAACCCUUGAAAUAUUUGAAGACAAAUCAACACCAUUCGAAUAUUACACAAAAGUGAUCGAGAGCACCGGUGGAAAUCUUGAAAAGAUAUACUUUAACAACGUAUCCUAUGCAGAUGAUCAGGAAUUACGGAAUUAUAUACAUGCAAUUACAUUUGGCUGUCAAAAUAUUAGAUUGGUUACAAUUGUCCUAAGCAACAAAAUAGAAAUAGAUGAGUUAGAACAAUUACUUGAAUCAUGCCAAAAAAUUGAAGUUUUAAAGCUACAGGCUCGAUCACUAAAAAUUAUUGAUGGAGAACGUAUACUUCAAUUAUUGGCGGUGAAAGCGCCGCGGAGUUUAACAACUUUGAACUUUGAUUCAGAGAGACCAUAUGGAUGUUGGCUAUUUUCGUACAAGACUUUGGAUGAGUUUUUGAAUACUUGGAAAGUCCGGAACAUGAAACCAUUGUCAAUAUAUUUUGAAAUAGGAUGUUAUGAACCAGGAUUUAACGCAAAACAUUAUAAGAUUAUUAAGAGAUAUCUCAACGAAGGAGUAUUAAAAAAAUUUUAUGAGAUUAAUAAUUUAUGUGAUCCUUACAAAAAAUGGCAAUGUUUAGGACCAUGGGAAUGA